CAAUGUGCCAAAGUAGUAGAAGGGCUGUUUAGGGCUAUAUUUCACGCGGCAACUGUAGGCUACCUUAGGGAGCGUUGCUGCUCACAUAACCUGCAUUUGUGGUGUUUGUGAAUUGCUGCUGCUUACUUCAAACUUUUCAGAGUAUUACCUCUGAAGUUUUCUCACUCUUGGCAUAUUUGUUUUUGGCUGUCGAGCUUGGGCUCUAGUUCUCAACUUCACGACGGUACUCGCUCGCUGUCUUUUGUUAACGAAAGUGGACGCAUUUCACUAUAAAUGGCGACACUUGAUAUGAGUAGCUCGCCGCAAAUGCAAGUAGUUUCUUCUCAGGGCUUUUUUGGGAGGUGGCUUCAGGCCCGCAGAGCAGCAGCUGCAAUACGGGGUGAACAGCUGUACGCGACAACGCUAUCAGACUCUGCGACAUAUGACUUCAGCGACUUAGACCGUCUAGAGUUCCUGCAGUUGUCCGUGCGCGACAAGGAGGGCCGGCAACUGGUGGUAGUGAUGGCACGGAACUACCCUGCCAAAGUCCUCGACCCCGAGCGAGUAUACAGGUACCUCAUCACGCGUCUUGACCGGAUCGUGGAGGGGCCGUACAGCGUUGUGUGGUUUCACACUGGCAGCACCUACUGGCAAAACUCCCCAGGCCUCAGCUGGCUGUGGCGGACGUACGAAAGGCUACCCAUGAAGUACAAAGCCAACCUGCACCGUGUCUACGUUGUCCAUUGCGACUUGCCCAUGUGGGUUGGACUGGCGGCGCUGGGGCCGCUGCUCAGUGAGGCCUUAUGGCGCAAAGUGGAGUGGGUUUCACGAGUGGAGUUCCUCUGGGACCACGUGCCCAAGAAGCAGUUGGUGAUUCCGGAUUUUGUGGCCGAGCAUGACGCUCUCCUGGAGGACCAGCCGCUGAUGGACUACGGGGUUGUGGCGACAAAGGAGGUCAACAGCGUGCCGGGGCUACCGGGGCCCGUGUGAGGGUCGUGGCUGGCAUGGCACCAGAGCCCGCCCGCCGGCAGGUUUGGGAUCCCGCCGUGUAUCGCUUCCAUCCCGAAGGGGGGCACGCUUGGUGGCCGUAAACGAACUAUCAUCGCUCCGUGCAGAUGGUUGGGAACAGGGGGCAUGUAAACCGCCCUUGUUGCCCUCUUGCGUGAUCCGGCAUCAUCAAAAGGGUGUGUAUAUAUGUGGUCAUGAGCACCAUGGACUGGGUAUGAGAUGGGAGCAUGCAAGCGACAAGGAGAGUGAGGAGUGGCAUGAGCGAGUUGACCUGCUUGUUUCGUGAGCCGGAGCGUCGUGCGCGUGUGGGGAGCUGUGAUGCGGCCCAGGACUCCCUACAUACAGUGCAUGGGCCAACCAGUGUUGCACGGGGCACUGACUGCAGUGGAUGGAGCUGGUGCUGCGUAUCCUCUUCGGGAGGUCUACUGGACAGACGUAGGCUUAGUUCCUAGCGUGCAGGUAGCUAGCAUGGCAUGACAUGUUUGCAGUAUAGAGGCUGAGCAGCUUGACAGAACAUGCA